AUGGCAUCUCGAACCACCAAACGCGCCCGUUCACAGUCUUCAUCCACCGUUAAGCAUGUAAGUGGCGACGACCAUCUGUCCAUGCAUUUUUCACAACAAGAGGUUUCGUGUCUCGUAAACAACCAGGUCCAGUACGAUGAACACCCGCGACGAAAGCGGCUUAUGGUCUCCACUAAUUUGCGGUUCUUAGAAAAGAUGCCUCCACUGCGGGACUAUCAACGCGGGCGAUUCGGACGCCGAGGAGGUGUCGACGGAGGUGAUGGAGGCAGCUCGCUAUGGAUACGAGCAUUGGAAGAGUCCAUGGAAGAGACGAGCUUCGUGACUCGUGAAGCCCCGACGAAUGCGGCCUUGGUGGCACCAGUUCCGAUUUCCUUAGACAGCAACAGGCAUAUCAAUUUUGUACCAAUGCCAAUUGCGGUACUAGAGGCCGGAAGAGUAGGAAUAUCAAUGACCUCCACGCCGCCGAUAUCGAGGUUUAGCAGGGCAGACGAAGAUGCGAUCCGGAGACGACGGCUCUUUGCCGUGCAAGCGUCGCGAGGCGGUGGCAAAGAUGAUGAAGGUCGACCCGCGACAGAAGGAACGGCCAUGUAG